UCCCCGAAUGGAUCCCUUCCCCCCCGUCCCCCUUUCUCCUCCCGCUCCUUCCCACGGUUGCCUUGUUCCCCAGUCCGCCACGGCGCCCCACAGGCCCGGCCCUUGCCUCCCCAGCCCUUCUUUUCCUGCCACUCCCAGGACCAGACUCUGCCCCCCCCGCCGUCAUGAGUCCCCUCUCAUCUCUUGCAGUGCACUCCGCGCCUACUCAGGAGUAAGUCUCGCCGAGUUCAAUGGGGCUUUCUCUGAGGCUAGAGAUGGCAGCGCUUGCUUGGCUGUCUCUUUCCCUGGCCGUUGUCUCUGCCGUGGACAGAAGCAACUUCAAGACAUGUGACCAGAGCGCCUUUUGCAAGCGCCAGAGGAGCGUGAAGGCUGGGAGUUCGCCUUACAGGGCCCUGCUGGAGUCGCUGCAGCUCAGCCAGGAUUCCAUGAAGAUCCAGCUCAUCAAUGAAGCAAACCAGGUCCCUCUCCUCCUCGAGCUCUAUGGCUUGGAAGGGAACAUGACCCGGAUCCGGAUCAACGAGUUAAAUCCUCUCAAGCCCCGCUACGAGGUCCCCGAUGUGUUAGUCGGGGACCCACCAACUGCCAGACUGUCGGUCACAGGUCGGGAUGACAACAGCGUGGAGCUGUCCCUGGGCGACGGGAGCCACAGGCUGAUCCUGACGGCCAAGCCGUUCCGCAUGGACUUGCUGGAGGGCCGGGAGCUGGUCCUGAGCGUCAACUCCCGGGGCCUGCUUGUCUUCGAGCACCUGCGGGAGCAGAAGGACUCUUUCUCGGAUAAAGUUAGUAGCACGGUCGUUAGCAUUUGGGAUAGGAUCAAGAACCUUUUCUCUAGAGAACCGCCAACGGAACUCGCCUCCGAAGGGGAGGAGGCUGCUGAGGUCUCUGAUGCCUCUUUGUCAACAGAGCAGGAGUCCCCAGAGAAAAGCCAGCAGGAUGAGGAAGCAUCCAAAGGGGCUGGCGAGACGGAAGAAGAGCCGGGAUCUUGGGAGGAGACAUUCAAGUCCCACACCGACAGCAAGCCCAAUGGCCCAACGUCAGUGGGGCUAGAUUUCUCACUCCCGGGUGUGGAGAACGUGUAUGGGAUCCCAGAACACGCAGACAACCUCCGGUUACGAACUACUGAGGGAGGGGAUCCGUACCGCCUCUACAACCUGGAUGUCUUCCAGUAUGAGCUUUAUAACCCCAUGGCCCUCUACGGCGCUGUUCCUGUGCUCCUAGCCCACAGUCCCCAGCGCACUCUCGGGAUCUUCUGGCUGAAUGCAGCGGAGACCUGGGUGGACGUCACUUCCAACACAGCCGGCAAGACCCUGUUUGGAAAGAUGCUGGAUUACAUGCAAGGCGGCGGUGAGACCCCACAGACGGAUGUCCGCUGGAUGUCGGAGAGUGGGAUCAUAGAUGCAUUCCUCUUGCUGGGGCCCUCGCCCAGUGAUGUCUUCCAGCAGUAUGCGUCCCUUACGGGGACCCAGGCCCUGCCUCCUCUCUUUGCCCUGGCCUAUCACCAGAGCCGCUGGAACUACAACGACCAGGAGGAUGUGAGGGCUGUGGACAAUGGCUUUGACGAGCACGACAUCCCGUACGAUGUCAUCUGGCUGGACAUUGAACACGCUGAUGGCAAACGCUAUUUCACCUGGGAUCCCAACAAGUUCCCCCAUCCCCGGGAGAUGCUUCAGCGCCUGACAGCCAAGAGGCGUAAGAUGGUGAGCAUCGUCGACCCGCACAUCAAGGUGGACAGUGGUUAUCGGGUCCACAACGAGAUUCGCUCCCGGAACUUUUAUGUCAAGACCAAGGAUGGUAGUGACUAUGAGGGCUGGUGUUGGCCAGGUUCGGCAGGCUACCCGGAUUUUACCAACCCAGAGAUGCGCACCUGGUGGUCCAGCAUGUUCAGCUACGACCAGUAUGAGGGCUCCAUGGACAACCUCUAUACCUGGAAUGACAUGAACGAGCCCUCUGUCUUCAAUGGCCCCGAGGUGACGAUGCACAAGGAUGCCGUGCACCAAGGCGGUUGGGAGCACCGCGACAUUCACAACCUUUAUGGGCUUUACGUGCAAAUGGCAACAGCGGAGGGACAGGUGCAACGGUCGGGGGGCGUGGAGCGUCCGUUCGUCUUGUCUCGAGCGUUCUUUGCAGGCUCACAGCGUUACGGGGCUGUGUGGACGGGUGACAAUGCAGCAGAGUGGGACCACUUAAAGAUCUCCAUCCCCAUGUGUCUAAGCCUGGGUCUGGUGGGCUUCUCUUUCUGUGGAGCCGACGUGGGCGGCUUCUUCAAAAACCCAGAGCCGGAGCUCCUGGUGCGCUGGUAUCAAGUGGGAGCCUACCAGCCCUUCUUCCGGGCGCACGCCCAUGUUGACACCACCCGCCGGGAGCCCUGGCUCUUUGGUGAGGAGAACAAAGCCCUGAUCCGCGAUGCGAUCCGCGAGCGCUACGCCCUGCUCCCCUUCUGGUACACCCUCUUCUACCACAGCUACCGUACCGGCCAGCCUGUCAUGAGACCUCUCUGGGUGGAAUAUCCCCAGGACACUACAACAUACGGCAUCGAUGACCAAUAUCUGCUAGGCAAUGCAUUGCUGGUUCACCCGGUCACAGCGCAAGGGGCUCGAGGCGUGCAGAUCUACUUGCCUGGCAAAGGAGAGGUUUGGUAUGAUGUCCACACUCACCAGAAACUUCAUGCACCCCAAACCCAUUAUUUGGCAGUCACCAUGAGUAGCAUUCCUGUGUACCAGCAUGGCGGCAGCAUCGUGGCUCGGAAGGAGCGGGUCCGGCGGUCUUCAGACUGCAUGCACAGCGACCCUUACACCCUUUACGUGGCCCUGGGCCCCCAGGGCACAGCCCAAGGAGAGCUUUUUGUUGACGACGGGCACACGUACAACUUCGAGACGAAGGAACAGUACCUCCAUCGCCACUUCAAUUUCUCCGGCAACACCUUGAUGGCAAGCUCCGCAGACCCGAAGGGCAGCUUUGAAACUCCAGCCUGGAUUGAACGGGUGGUGAUCCUAGGAGCGGGGAAGCCAGCUGCAGUCUUCCUCAAGCAAGAUGGUGCAGCAGAGUCUCGCCUGGAUUUCCUACACGAGGCUGAAACAUCCGUCUUAACCAUCCGCAAACCUGCAGUCAAUGUUGGGGCAGACUGGAGCAUUUUCCUGCGAUAAUGCCACGAGGCCGGGUGUGGGGGGUGAGCAGGGGUCAGCUGGACAAAGGGUAGGGAAGCAGUCAAGCUGUGCUGGGCAGCCCCCUUUCCCUGGCACGUGGGUAGAGACGGCUGGGAGCUCCCCACCCCACUGGGGUCUGAAGACCAGUGUCCCACACCACUCCGGUGCAUCUGGGGAGGGGAUGGCAAUCGCUCCCUCCCGACCCUGACUCAGACUCUUGGUUUCUCUCCCCCCCCCCCUUGAGCGGUUCCAUAGAUUAACUUAGCAAUAUUUGCUGUGGAAUGAAGAAUCUCCGAGUUGGAGUUGGUUGAGACUCGGUUUCCCUCUGUUGGGGACGGUGGUCAAGAAAGGCCCCUUUCCCUGCAGCCACCUCAACGCCACUCUCUCGGAGAUGCAAUGUUGGGACCAACCUUUUUGAGGGGCUGGACCUUCCCAGAGGGGGAGGGAUAUUGAUUCCAGUCUCCUUUUCCUACCCAUCUCUGCUUUCUUUUUCAUCGCCUGCCACCCAAACUGUUUCUGGCUCUAGUUCCAGGCCAACAUCUGGACCAGUUAAAGAAGAAACCUGCCCCCAAGCCAUUACCCAUUGGCAAGGGUUGCCUUUAAACCUCCUUUCCUUGCCAACAGGUGAAUGUCAGGAGACCUUCCUCUUUCAUUGUGUUUUCCCCCAGCAGCCACUAGCCAUCAACAAGGGGGAGCUAGAUCAGGUCUGGGGGAACCUUUGGCCCUCCAGAUGUUCCUGGACUGCAACUCCCAUCAUGCCUGCCCAUUGGCCAUCCCGGCUGGGGCUGAUGGGAGUCGUAGUUCAGCAACAUAUGGAGGGCCAAAGGUUCCUCCACCCCUGAGCUAGAUCAUGCCCCUCUUUUAUCAUGCCCCCCUCCCGUAAUACUGGUGGAUGAGAAGGAAUCAUUCUGUUUCUUUGGUGGGGGGCUGUGUCUUGGUGUCAGUGAAUCACUGUCACUUCUAUUUAUAUAUAUUUUGGGGUGGGGAGGGGAGGGUAGACAAGACAGAUCAUGUGAAGGGAAAAGGGGGGGGAUGUGUUGUGGUUCGGUUAGAAAACCAGACGCUGGGUUAUGGGAGCCAGUGGAAGCAAAUGGUGUUCUUUUUUUGCCCUGCACAGAGAUCUAGAAAGAAACAAAAGGGGGGAAGAGUAAGGAGGGAGGAGGGAAGCUGCUAAGAAAACGAUCCCCUCCCCUCCUGGAAAGAGAGAAGAGGGGGCCAUUCUCCUGGGGGGGGGCGGAGUUCUACUUUUCUUGCUGUGCUUCUCUCCUGUUCCUGCUUCUGGCUCUCAGCACUCCUGUCCCCCCCUCCCUCUGGGCUGCGUGACUUUGGCCUUGGCCGUCUUGCGUGUGUUUGUGGAUUAACAUUCCUGGUUCUGGCUGGUUUUCCCUUGUGUGUUUGCAGGCAAAAGGCCCAGAGAGCAAGGCUUUUUUUUAAAAAAAAUGUCAAAAUUCCUUCUUAACACACGCACACAAACACUUUUUUACCCUACCUGUUUCUGAUUGUGAUUUCAUCUGCAGGUAAAGCUUUCACUGGCUGGGUGUUUUGAUAAAAGAUGGACAAUUAAAACGACAAAAAAAACCUUCAGUGUU